GGUCAGAGAAGUGCUUGAAUGCUGGCACAUGAUGCGAGUUCUUAUAGAUUUUUCUAUGCAACUGGCUGCUAUAGUCUCUAGCUAUGAGUUCUGCAAAGCCAUACAUUGGCUGUAAAAUAGGAUUAAUUUCAAAAGCACAAAAUCGUUAUGAGGGUAUAUUGUAUACAAUUGAUAAACUGAACUCAACAGUAGUACUAGCAAAAGUCAGGUGUCUUGGAACAGAGGGACGCCCCACUGACAGACCAACACACCCCAAAGAUGAUGUCUAUGAGUACAUCACUUUCCGGGGAAGUGACAUAAAGGACAUCACGUUGUGUGAGCCUCCAAGAUCUCACCAUGGCCUACCCCCGGAUCCUGCCAUAAUAAUGUCAUCCAGUUGCUGCCCUUCAAGUGUCUACUCAAGUCUUCAACCACUUAGUCCUUUAAAGACGUCCCCCUACAACCAGCUUGCUGCCAGCUCUCUGCUUAAUCAGCAAUGUAAUGCAACUCUUGGCCUUGGGCCUUUACUUCCAGGCUUGCAUGCCAGAAGGGGCCCCAUGGUGGAAAAGGCUGUUCAAACCCUCAGUGUGGACAGGUCUAUGCAGAGAAGAGAUUUGACUCCAUUCCAGGAGCAGCAGCAGCAGUGGGAGAGGAAGAGGGCCCCCCAGAGGGCCAGAGGAGAGGGUUCCCAGACCGGAUGCGGCAGUGGAACCACCCUGAAGUCAGGUCCAGGUGUGUCCAGUGUUCAACAGGAAACCCGGCAGCAGAAUGAUGAAAUCAGGCCACCACUCGGAAGAAGACAAGGACCUCGGAGGCGCAGGAACCGUCGUAGAGGCCAGUUCAUGCUGGCUACUGCUCCAUCUGCCACCCUUAAGUUUGACACAGACUUUGAUUUUGAUUCCUCAAAUGCACAGUUCAUUAAGGAAGAGCUGGAGAGGGAAGGGCAGGACAGAAUGAAUGUGAAAGAUGGAACUCAAAAAGCCAAAGAAAAAGAGGAAUUGCAAUCAACCACAAAAGAAGAUUUUGGACCAAAAUUCUACUACAACAAAGCAAAGUCUUUCUUUGACAACAUUUCAUCUGAUAAUAAUUUCAGACUAACGUGGGCAGAUGAGCGAAAACGCAAUCUUGAGACUUUUGGGGUCACUGGACGGUUUCUGAGGGGACAGGGCUUCAGGGGCAGAUAUGCUGGACGAAGAGGACGAGGUGCUGCUCAAACUAUACCUUCUUACAGAACCAGGCGUGGGCAGCUGUAA